GCCGAGGCCUAGCACAGUCCCGGCCCCGCGGCUGCGGCUGAUUGCUCCGAUCGCCCCGGUUCCCUCCGGUUCCCCAGCACUCCUGGAGGCCGCCGGGCCCAGGGGUUACUCCAGCAGCCUGUCCGGGUAGGGCGUUGCCUGCACCCCAGGCUUGGUGGCCCCAUUGUUCCCGGGCCUGGCCCGCACCAUGGCGCACCUGCUGGGCCACCGCGGCUGCAUGGAGAGCCUGCGGGCCGACCUGCGCGACCUGCAGGCCGCCAUCGCCGACGUGUGCUCGCGGGCCGGCGCCGUGCGCUUCCCCUCGUGGAAAUUCCCCGACAAGGUGUCCUGCGAGCUGGACAUCGCCGUGCUGCUGCAGCGCUACCGGCACAGCGACAGCGAGCCAGAGUUCAGCCAGCACGCACACGUGGUGCUGCUGGAGCUGCUCAUUGACAGGUGA